UCUGAGUGUUUUGGGGGUGAUGCCUCGUCACGACGUGGAGGCGAGGGAGCCGCUUCUCACCAGGGAACGCCUGAAGCCAAAUGAGCUGGAAUCCGAUGAAGGUGAAAUCAUUUUCGACAGGAGUUCAUCAAACCUCCCACGUGACGCUGGUGAGAGUUCAGAGAGAAGAUUAACAUAUGAGGAAGCAGUAGAGGAAGCAGGGUUUGGGUUGUUCCACUGGCUGCUGUUGGUGGUAUGUGGUUGGGCCAAUGCCAGCGAUGCCGUGGAGAUUCUCUGUGUGUCUUUCCUUCUGCCGACGGCGCGCUGCGAUCUGCUGCUCAGCUCCUCAGACAUGGGCCUGCUCACUGCCAGCAUCUUCCUCGGAAUGAUGGUGGGGGGCUACAUGUGGGGGUACCUGGCUGACCAGAAGGGGCGGCGCCGGGUCCUGGUUGUGUCCCUCACAGUGAACGGGGUGUUUGGAAGUCUGGCCAGCGUGGCCCCCUGGUUCUGGCUCUUCCUGCUGCUGCGGUUAAUCAGCGGCAUCGGUGUCGGCGGGUCCAUCCCUGUCAUCUUCUCCUACUUCUCUGAGUUCAUGCCCAGACGGAGGAGAGGUGCGAUGAUCAGCGCUCUGGCCACCUUUUGGAUGGCAGGCAACAUCCUGGCUGCAGGUCUGGCCUGGUUAGUGAUCCCAAGGACCUGGGCUCAUUUCUCUCUGGGGUUUCUGGACUUCCAGAGCUGGAGACUGUUUGUGGUUCUCUGCUCUGUUCCCAGCCUCACAUCAGCCCUGAUGUUCAGGCUGCUCAUGCCUGAAAGCCCCAAGUUCCUCAUGGAGGCUGGCCAGGAGAAAGAGGCGCUCCAUGUCUUCCAGGUGAUGUUUAAGCUGAACAUUCGGGGAACGGGAAAGUCUUUACCGGAAUUUGGUUUAUGCAUCAACUCCAAGAAAAGAUCUGAACAGGAGGAGACCGGACCCCACGGUUCACAACGAGAGAGACUUUGUUGUAUUGUGAAAAAGGCCGUGAUGCCCAUCAAGCUGAUGUUUAACGGUUCGCUCAGAUCCAGGAGUUUCGCUCUGCUCAUCAUCUUCUACUGCAUCUCCUUUGGGUGAGACGUCCAAUCUGAUGGCCUGCAUGUAAACUAAAGAGUAUCUGUAGUGUAGCUGGAGGUCUCCUUCAGACUGCAUGUUGUCAGGGACGUGUGCAAAGUUCAGGGCUUGUAUUUAUCAUGUGUGUUUCAACACUGCUGAUGUGAUAAAUCUACGGCAGGCGGCUGCGCUGUAGGAGAUAACCAUUGCAGAGAUUAUCUUCAACAACCAGGAGUCUGCAAAAACUGCCAAAAAAAUGUUAAUUUUAUGAAACGUUUUACUAAACUACUGCACUCUCAGUUUAGGACUUGUACAUUUUAUGGUUGAUUUAUAUUUGCACACACCAGAGUGCAUACAAAUCAGUAUAUAACAAGGAAUGUGACAGGAGAGGUCAGGAGGCCACGGCCUAAUCUAUGGACCUCAUCUGUGUGUGUGUGUGUGUGUGUGUGUGUGUGUGU